AUGUCUCUCGUCUACUUGAACUUACUCCUCAUUUUCGGAGCAUUGGUUCUCAAUUCCCCUUCCCUUGCUAUUCGCUAUCCAAAUCACAAACCCUCACCAGAGCACAAUCCAUUAUCACCAGAGUACGGACAGUUAGUUCACAAGCCACCACCAAAAUCCAAUCUGCUUUUCCACACACCACCAGUCCCAGUCAUUCCACAACCUUCAGAAACGUUUAAGACAAAACCAGUCUGGAAUAACAGGCCAAGUCCUGCUGCUAAAGCUCCCGUGUAUCCUGGUGAUAAACCGCGUGCACCACCACCACCGUCUACUCAAGAAGCAUUGACAGCCUAUUUUCACCACCCUGGACACCUUCCAGCAGAGAAAACAGGAAACUAG